AAUCCUUCUAUUUGCCCAGAGCCACAUUUUGUCCCGAAGCUUGCUGCCCUGGGAGGGGACUGAAGAAGGCACCUAGCAAAGACUGGGCAGAGAAGGGAGUCAGUGGAGAACAAGGGGUGUGCGGGGUCCCCCGGCCUUCAGCAGCCACGCAGGAAGAUGGAGGCCCACAAUGUGACUGCCCCGCUCAACUUCACCCUCCCACCCAACUUUGGCAAGCGCCCCACCGACAAGGCACUGAGCGUCAUCCUGGUCUUCUUGCUGCUCAUUAUCAUGCUCUCACUGGGCUGCACCAUGGAAUUCGGCAAGAUCAAGGCUCACUUCUGGAAGCCCAAGGGGCUGGCCAUCGCCCUGAUAGCGCAGUAUGGCAUCAUGCCCCUCACUGCCUUCACGCUGGGCAAGGUCUUCCAGCUAAACAACAUUGAGGCACUGGCCAUCCUUGUCUGUGGCUGCUCCCCGGGCGGGACCCUGUCCAACGUCUUCAGUCUGGCCAUGAAGGGGGACAUGAACCUCAGGUAGGACUGGAGGUAAGGAGGGAGCCGCCUGGGGAUGGAAGCUGCACUGGAGAUGUCACAGUCUCGGGAAAGAGCAGGGUCAAAGUCAGGAUAGGGAGUGAGUGGGGGUCAGGUGGACACUAGGGCUGGGGGUGGCGGGCAUUGAGGCCAGAGCUUAUGCUGGGCCGGAGACAGGAGUUGGGGUACAUCUUGGUUUAAGCACCAAGUCAAAGGGGCCCAGCUAGUCCAGAGGCCUCCUGAAAACCCCUUUCUUCCAGAGGUGUCUCAGAUGGGCCACAAGAACUGACCUGAAGGAGUACUAUUUAAACCCGAGAGGCCUCUGGAGAACUCUGCCCCCUUACCGUGUAGGCAAGUUGUCUGCUUUGAGGCCAGAGAUCUGAAAGGGAGUGCACAGGGGUUCCAAACUUCUCCAGGGAGAUCAAGGUGGUUUAGAACCAAAGACCCUUCCCAUCCCUGUAGAACAGGCAAGACUUUUCAAAGAUCCUUCCAGCUCUCCAGGCAUAUGGGACGGCUUCUCUUAACUUCCCCCAUGGGCCCGUCAGACACAGGAACACAUCCAUGCAAAGACAUAACCAGGCAGAUUCUAGAGUUCCCCGGUGCUGGCACAAGCCAUGCUGGGCUGCAUGCACCUCAGCCAAACUGGUAGGGGUAGAACCCCUCACCCAAAGCAUCACAGCAGAAAUCUGGGCUCGCUUCUGUAGGGGCCGGCUGAACACCUGUCCUUCCAAACAGGUGGGACUCUGAUCUAGAACGCCUGCCAGAGUGAGGCCAUUUCAGACCUGCUCCAGCCUCAGCAGCAGCCCACGCUGGCUGAGGGAAAAUCACCAGCAAAAGCCCUUGCCUCUCUGUGAGCCUCCGUCUCCAGCCUGCCCCCUCCGAGGUUCAGUCCCCAGUGGAGACCCCAUCCCGUGCCAGGCAGGGCAGUGGGUUCGGACAGCGCGGCGGCUUGUGCUGGCUAGCUCCCUGCCAAACGUGCUAAGCACACCAGCCAAGUCAGGUGAUGCAGAGGAAGGCCACCGAUCUUUAAGUGAAAAACCAAGAGUGAGUGGGUCUUCACUGGGACCCCCUUCUGAGCUCCAGACUCUCUACCCAUGUGACUUAGCCCUCACUGAGGCAGUUGAUGGGAAGACAGGCACAAAAAGGGGGGUUGGCUUGUGCGGUCUCCCAUGGGAACAUGUUCAAUGUUCAGCUACCUGUGAGGAAAGUCUUCCCUCUCUCUGAUCCAAAUCCUUCCUGCUGCAAAGCAAGCCCUCCGUCUUCAAUCUGCCCUGUGGACAAGGCUCACUACAGCCCCUGCGUCCUGAGAAACCCGGACCGCAGCUUCAUCCCAGUGUCGAAGGGCUGUUUGUAGGUGUGAGUGACCAGAUGUCCCAGCCUCAGCAGCCCGUGGGUGCCAGCGAGGUGCUGCAGCAUGCCUGCCCCUGCCAGGUCCGAGCCCACCACCAGCCCAGCCUCCAGCCACGCGGGGACACGAGCCCUCCUGCUCUGCUGCUCGGCCUCCUUGCCUGGGCCUCUGGGGACCCUCCCUUCUACGAAGAGCCCACAGAGAAAUGCUGGGAUGCCCGCCUUCUGCCACAAAGCCCCUUCCCACAGACAAGCCCCCACGCGCGUGAAACCAUGCCUCAGACCCCAGCAGCAGAGCAUGUGUCUCACCAUCUCCCUUCACGGGCUGCCAGACUUUAACUUACAAUUGGAGUUCAUCUGGGACAACUCCUUACGUUAAUUACGAUGAAAUGAUACUGAUCAUACAAAACAGCCAGGCACUGCAGCAAGCGCCUCCCAUGAAAUCCUCAUACGGCCUCCUGGGAGGAGGUGCUGUGCGGAGUCCCAUUUUAAAGAUGAGGAAACUGAGCCACAGAGAAGCUAGUACAUUUGUCCAAGGUCUGGGAGGCUCCAAAUCCUGUCCUUUCACUCAGAUACCUUCAGGGCCAGGCAUGAAUAUAAGGGAACAAAGUGGCUGCAGGUGGCCCGCCAGCCGUGGGGCACGGGCCCCCUGCGCAGGCCGGAUGCCACGGGUCUCUGCCGUGGGUGUUCUGUGGGAGCGCGGAGCCGCCGCCGCCUGCUUCCUGCUUUUCA